CCCGGGGCGAUGGAGACACAGCUACAUCAACAGAAGUUUCUCACCUUGGAGUGCGAGGGACUCUCCCGCAUCUCCUGCACAUCUUCUCCAGCUGGUCGCAGGAGAAGAGUCUCAAGCUAUUUCCUCCACCUCCUCACACUGCUCCCUGCAAGCGAUGGGAGGCUGCUGAGAGCCCCUACCACUACUGGCCUUCUUUUUAUGUUGUCUGCAGUGAGGAAGAGGACGAAGGACAUCUUAGUGCUGGGGAAUUGACCUCUGGUCUGGCGGGCCUCUGGGCUGGGAGAACAGAAGAAGAGUGGCUGGGGCUGGGGGAAUCCAUGCGGGGGCCAUGGACAGAGCGGCGCUCCUGGGACUGUCCCGCUUGUGCGCGCUUUGGGCAGCCCUGCUCGCGCUGUUCCCUGGCGGAGCCCAAGGAAACUGGAUGUGGUUGGGCAUCGCCUCCUUUGGGGUUCCGGAGAAACUGGGCUGCACCAACUUGCCGCUGAACAGCCGCCAGAAGGAGCUGUGCAAGAGGAAACCGUACCUGCUGCCCAGCAUCCGAGAGGGCGCCCGGCUGGGCAUUCAGGAGUGCAGGAGCCAGUUCAGACACGAGAGAUGGAACUGCCAGGUGGCCACUGCCGCCGCCGCCGCCCCGCCGGGCACCAGCCCCCUCUUUGGCUACGAGCUAAGCAGUGGCACCAAGGAAACAGCAUUCAUUUAUGCUGUGAUGGCCGCGGGCCUGGUGCAUUCUGUGACCAGGUCGUGCAGUGCAGGCAACAUGACAGAGUGCUCCUGUGACACCACCUUGCAGAACGGCGGCUCAGCGAGUGAAGGCUGGCACUGGGGGGGCUGCUCCGACGAUGUCCAGUAUGGCAUGUGGUUCAGCCGAAAGUUCCUAGAUUCCCCCAACAGAAACACCACGGGAAAAGAAAGCAAAGUACUGUUAGCAAUGAAUCUUCAUAACAAUGAAGCUGGAAGGCAGGCUGUGGCCAAGCUGAUGUCAGUGGACUGCCGCUGUCACGGGGUUUCCGGCUCCUGUGCCGUAAAAACAUGCUGGAAAACCAUGUCUUCUUUUGAAAAGAUUGGACAUUUGUUGAAAGAUAAAUAUGAAAACAGCAUUCAAGUCUCAGACAAAAUAAAGAGGAAAAUGCGCAGAAGAGACAAAGACCAGAGGAAAGUGCCGAUCCACAAGGAUGACCUGCUCUACGUUAACAAGUCUCCCAAUUACUGUGUAGAGGAUAAGAAAUUAGGGAUCCCGGGGACACAGGGCAGAGAAUGCAACCGCACGUCGGAGGGUGCGGAUGGCUGCAACCUCCUCUGCUGCGGCCGCGGCUACAACACCCACGUGGUCAGACACGUGGAGAGGUGUGAGUGUAAGUUUAUUUGGUGCUGCUACGUUCGCUGCAGGAGGUGUGAGAGCAUGACUGAUGUCCACACUUGCAAGUAACCACUCCAUCUAGCCUCUGAAAACACUCCUCAGUGACAACAGCAGAGUGCCAUCGUGCAGGGCUGGUGAAGCCCCCUGGCCUCCGAAUCCCCAAAUCUUUGACCCCUCUCAGAGUUCCCUUUACCUGGUCGAUGUCCAGUCCAUCACACACUGAGUAUAUGCAUUUGGAGGGAUUCUGCAAGGGUUAGGUUCAUAUUUUGGUGAUCUGGAAAAUAUAUAUUGACAUACAAGGAAUUUGGCUCCUAAGCAACAAAGAAUCAGAAAGAACCUUCAUGUAGAAAGACCUGGUGCAUCCUCAAGAUAAGAUCCUUGACUAUGGAACUUAGUUACGGAACUCAGUAGUGGUGGGUGAAUAUCAGUUACUUUUAAAAGACACCUCUUAUAGCAGCAAGGAGCAGUACACAUGAAUCUCAUUUAUUCUCUCAGUACUCUAGAUGAAGAAAUUAUAUUAAGUAUUUGUGCAUAGAAACAGACGUUGAAAAGUUAACAGAAAUGGUGGGUGCUUACUUACCCUUUCAUGCAUUUCAAAAGGAAGGCAAUUAAAAUGAAUUUUCACAAGUGAUAUAAUAUUCCUAAAAAGUGUUUGUUAGAGGUAAUUAGUGACAAAAGGUAAGAAUCAAGAUGUAAAAAAAAAUAAAAUGUAUAAUUUGGAUUUUAAGUGGCUUCUAAGUAGGACCGUUCCUAGAAAAAUCUCAAGAAGGUAUACCUACGAUAGUAACCUUUGAUCUUUGCCUUCAUAUUUUAAUUGUAGACCAGUUUCCACUAUUAAAAAACCCAACUCUGAAUUACUGUUAGAGGAAGGGCUCCUGAAAGCAAGUGGGAAAAUCAGAGGUAAAGGACUCGCAUCCAGUAUAAGGAAAAGCACCCAUUAAAAGUGUAAAAACAGUAUUUUGUAUAGUAUUUCACUUUAAAAAGUUUUAUAUUUUGUAAAUACACUAUUUAAGUUAUGAUAUAUAUUAAACCUUAAGACAUUUAUUGCCAAAACCAAAAAGCUAAGGCAAUAAAAUUAUCUCAGAAAUAAUAUUAGCUUCUGUUUCUUUUCAUACUAUCAACUUACUUUUUUUAUAUAUUGAAAAAGAAGUUAUUGAGUAGUUAUAUGGAUGUGUAUUUUUUGCCAAAAUGAGUUUUAUAAGUAUUAUAGAUUAAAAUAUGCUGCAAAAUAUUGAGGAUUGUGUUAUUUCAGCAGUCAGAUUAGUUGAACUCUGUUUUUAAUUAGUUAAUGCUUAACUUGUAAAAUUAUUAUAGUAAGUUAUAGAAAAAGUAUAAAAGUCUUAACUGGAAAAAAAGAAUCUAAAUCAGAAUAAUGAUCAAUUUGUGGAUUUGCUUUCCUGGAUAUUUAUUGUGUUGUAUAUAAUGCUGCUUUUCCAUGCAAACGUUGAAUGGCGUUCCUUGUCUUGGUGUUCACACGUGUAUAUUCAUCAUAUUUUACAAGGUUCCUAGUAUAAACUACAGGGCUAUAUUUAAGGUUGUAUUUUCAUGUAAAUGCUUAGUUUUUAUGAAUUGUUAAAUAUUUCAGAAUUAUAUAGAAAAAUAGAUUUCUAAAUUCAGAAUGGACAAAGAAUAUUCUUUUUUAAAAAAAUAAUAAGCUAAAGAAAUGUUUUCCUGUCCCCCAGGUCUCAUUCUA